CGGGCCCGUCGUUCGUUAGUACACCACCGGUGAUCCACGAGGGGUAUGGCUUCAGGCCGACAUCGGGCCCUGCGACGCCGGGGAAGGAGUUGCAACCGUCGGCGCAUGAGCAGGGGGUACGCUCACCACUUCCCCCGAAUGACUACGGGCUUGGAUGGCCAGCCAAGUCGACCGUCCUGCGCCUGAACGCCACCGCCGCCGAAAACCAGGCGCGCGAGGAGAAGAUGGCCGCCGCCGUGCGUACCAUCCUCGAGUGCAUCGGCGAGGACCCAGACCGCGAGGGCCUCUUGCGCACACCCAUCCGCUACGCGCAGGCGCUCAUGUACCUCACGAAGGGGUACGAGGAGCGGUUGGUCGACGUCAUCAACGACGCCGUGUUUGCGGAGGAUCACGAUGAGAUGGUCAUCGUGCGCGACAUCGACAUCGCGAGUCUGUGCGAGCACCAUCUGGUCCCCUUCACUGGCAAGGUCUCCAUCGCCUACAUCCCCAACAAGCUCGUCCUCGGGCUCUCCAAGCUCGCGCGCAUCGCCGAGACCUUCAGCCGGCGCCUCCAAGUCCAGGAGCGCCUCACAAAGCAAAUCGCCAUUGCCGUCGAGGAGGCGAUCAAGCCACGCGGAGUAGCCGUGGUCAUGCAGGCGACCCACCUUUGCAUGACGAUGCGCGGCGUGCAAAAGCCGGGUUCGCUUACCGUCACCUCCUGCAUGCUCGGCUGCUUUCGCACGCAGCAGAAGACGCGGGAGGAGUUCCUGACGCUCAUCAAGCACUAGACGCAUCCUCGUUCAAAUAGUCAGGCCCUUUGCGACUCGAGCAAUAGCCCUACCUCGCCACUCACCUACCACACUUCUCUUACAACCCUCACCAGCCACCUUUUUCACCAUCCACCCCUCCUACACACCCACAAGUUGUACCACAAGCGCGUUCAACACCGCCUACACGGAAUUCAACAUUCCCUAGCAUCUACUAAUCCGCCAACUACUCAUCUAAUCGGCAUCUGUACGCAUUCACCUAUAUAUGUUACUGUAUCCAUCGCCAUAAUUUAUGUAUCAUUGUAUGCGGAGUGGGUAGGGGAGGAGGAAGGGAGGGGGGUCUGAAUCAAUCUGUACGCCACAGGUAAUUUGGAUUCAUGCGUCA